CACAGUUAUGCUUAAGCUAUUCCAUCCGAUCCUGAAGUGGGUUUGCCUCUGCUGCGUAGCCGCAGUUCUAAUCCUCAGUCUGAGCAGCCAGACUGCAGACACCCAAUAUCAGAGAUUCAACAAGGCAGCCAAGGUGUCCGGACUUGCUUCCUCCUCCGAAUCACUUGACGAGGAACCAGUUGGUUCCACAACUGAUUGUCUUCCAGAAACCGAUGAAGUCCGGCCUUCCUUCUUCGUGGAGAGCGCCAGGUGCAAGAUUCCGUACGUGGACCCCUUCGAGGCCGAAGCCAUGGCCAUAUUCGAGCCCCAGCAGUUCGAGACCUGCUCCAACGAGUCGGCGCUGGUGACCCCGAUCUAUGAUGUCAGCAGGCAGCGGUACCUCUUGGUUAUCAACGAGACGCUGGCCUCCGAAAAGCUGAACGACAGCGAGGCGGAGUUCAACUGUUAUUACCAGGAGAUAAGGCGCGAUCGGCAGCACGACAGCUAUAAAAAAAUGGAACGAAAGUACUUCUCGCAGAGCUACGAGGUGCCGUUGCACGUUCGUGGCCUAAUGGUGGCCUGCCACCGUCUGGGGAACGAGUCGGAUGUCCUGCAGGCCGACGCCUACAGCCUCGUCCAGUACCUCUCUCCUCCACCCCCAGGACUCUCCCUGGAGCCGGCCAAGCGGAAGCCCAGUGUGAUCAUGUUCGGCAUCGACAGCCUGUCGCGGAUCAACCUGCGGCGCACCAUGCCGCGGGUGAGCCGCUUCCUCGCGGGCAGCGGUUGGUACGAGCUGCAGGGCUACAACAAGAUCGGCGACAACACCUUCCCCAACCUGAUGGCCAUCCUGACGGGCUACAGCAAGGAGUCGGCCCAGAAGAAGGUGUGCGACUGGCAGAAGAAGGGCUGCCUGGACAAGAUGCCCCUCCUGUGGAAGGACUUCCGCAACGCCAGCUACCUGACCGCCUUCGCAGAGGACGAGCCGCACAUCGAAACCUUCAACUACAUGCGUCCCGGCUUCGUGGAGCAGCCCACCGACUUCUACCUGCGGCCCCACCUGAAGGCCUUCGAGUCUGGCAUGGACACCUGGAAGUGCCGCAACUGCUCGUCGAAGUACUGCAUCGGGCGGCGGAUCACGAGCAGCUACGUCUACGACCUGGCCAGGGACUUCGCCCGGCGUUUCGUGGACGAGCGGCCCGUGUGGGGACUCUUCUGGUCGAACAGCUUCAGCCACGACAGCUUUCAGAUGCCCUCCAAGAUGGACGACUACGUGCUGCAGUACCUGCUCGACUUCGAGGCGGACGGCGUGCUCGAGCAGAGCAUCGUUGUGUUCCUGUCGGACCACGGCUCCCGCUUCGGGCGCCUCACGGCCCUGUCCAGUGGGUUCCUGGAGGAGCGUCUGCCGGCGAUGUUCCUCUACCUGCCGCCCUGGUUCCGGGACCAGUACCCGGACUACGCCCGCGCCCUCCAGCUGAACCGCAACCGGCUGACCUCCAACUACGACCUGCACAACACCCUGAAGCACAUCAUCGAGCUGGGCGGCACUCCGGACGGGGCGGCUCUUCCCCGGGCGGCCGACUGCCCCAAGUGCCAGUCCCUGUUCCUCCCGGUCGACGAGUCGAGGAGCUGCGAGGACGCCGGCAUUCCGGUGCACUUCUGCACCUGCGUGCCCUUCAAGCGGCUCCGGACGCAGUGGGCCAGGCGGAUCGCCCCCCUGGUGGUGCGGCGGAUCAACGAGUAUCUGGCCGGCAGGAACCUCAGCAACAUCUGCGCGGAACUCACCCUGAAGUACAUCCACGAGACGGAGAUACAGAUUGGGCUGGACCAGAGCUUCGACGACGUUCCUGUCGCCGAGGUGGCCACCUAUCGCACCAUGUUCAAGGUGCACCAGAACACAGCCGACUUCCGGGCCACCGUGGUGUUCAACAAUCUCACGGAGUCCGUGGAGGUCCAGGUGCCCACCAUAAGCCGGCUCGACCGGUACGAAAAGGUUUCGACUUGCGUCGACGACAAGACCGACAAGUUGUACUGCCUUUGCAAACGAGAUCUCAAAGAUGAGCACAGCCGGUAACGGAAACUGAGUUGAGCACUCCUACAUAUCAUUUGGUGGUACUCAUUAAAUGAUUGCCAUCUUAUCUUACCCUCUAAUGAUCUGCGUUUUUGGCAGUGAUAACACCAGGUACAUUUAUGCCACGCGUGUGCCAUAAAACCUGUUCUUAGAUAACACUCCCAUUUAUUGAGUGGCCUUUUGAAAUAAUUAAUGUAUAAUUACAUUGGCGAUAACCUUUCACCUACAUUAAA